UCGCCAGUUGUUCCUCAUCAGAAGUCAUUUCGAGAUGAAGACGACCGCACUGGUAGUGUUAGCGGGUCUGGUAGCGUUUGCUGCCGGCUACGUUGUUGUUCCCGAAGCUAAGGUUACGGUUGCCGACAAGGAGUUUUUAGUGAAACAAAAACAACUUUUGGAAGUGUUCCAGCAUGUUCACCAACACGAAGUCCACACCGAACUGUGGGAAGUUUCCAAGCAGUACAAAGUCGAAGAAAACUAUGACCACUACACCAAUGUGGAGGCUGUGAAGGAGUUUGUCGAGAUGUACAAGCAUGGAAUGUUACCGUUCGAUGAAAUCUUCAGUAUUGUGCACUGCACUCACCGUGAACAAGUUGUGGCCCUGUUCCAUCUGUUCUACUACGCCAAAGAUUGGGACACUUUCUACAAAUCUCUGGUCUGGGCUCGUUUCCAUGUGAAUGAAGGUAUGUUCGUUUAUGCUGCAACGGUCGCUGUUCUGCAUCGCAAGGAUAUGGCCGGCUUGGAGCUGCCUGCCCCGUACGAAAUUUACCCGUACUAUUUCUUCAACACUGACGUCAUUCAGAAGGCAGCCCAAUUCAAAAUGCAAGGAUUCUAUGGAAUGAAGAAGGUCGAUGGUGUCUACACUGCCGUCAUCCCCACCAACUAUACCGGCUGGUAUAUGCACACAAAUGUUGACCAGAAGGUUUCCUACUUCACCGAGGACAUCGGUCUGAACACCUACUACUACUACUUCCACACUGAUUAUCCUUUCUGGAUGGGCGGCAAGCAAUUUGGCCUGUACAAGGACCGUCGUGGAGAAUUAUUCCUUUUCACACAUCAGCAACUGCUCGCUCGGUACUAUCUGGAGCGCCUGUCGAACGAUCUUGGAGUGAUCCCCGAAUUUUCCUGGUACAAGCCAAUCACCACUGGAUACUAUCCGAAUUUGCACUACUACAACGGCAUCAGUUUCCCGUCACGCGACAACCACCAUUACGUUUACACACCGGAAAACUACUACGAAGUUGACGAGCUGCUAGACUACGAGCACCGCAUCAUGGAAGCCAUUGAUCAGGGUUGGAUCGUUGAUCCGAAGGGCAACCACAUCGAUCUAACCAAGCCAGAAUCGAUCGAGUACCUCGGAAACCUUAUUCAGCAAAAUCCGGACAGCGUAAACACUCGCUACUAUAAAUACGUCGGAACCAUUGCUCGCACACUAUUGGGAGCCUCCGUAGAGCACGUCGAUGACCACAAAGUUAUACCCGGUGUGCUGGAGCAUUACGAGACCUCGUUGCGUGACCCGAUGUUCUACCAAUUGUACAAGCGUAUCAUUCACUGGUACUGGGAGUUCAAGGAUCACCUACCACAUUACGGGUAUGAUGAAAUCAACUUCCCUGGAGUGAAGAUUGAAUCGGUUGAGGUGAAUAAACUGGUAACCUAUUUCGACCGUUUCGAUGCUGACAUCACUAAUGCCGUAGAUGUGGAAGUCUUCGAUGAAGUUACGAUGAAGAAGACUGACAUUAAGAAGUUCGGAAAGAUUGCUCACUAUCAGGGAGAAGAUUUCGUCAUUAAAGCGCGCCAGUGGCGUCUGAAUCAUCUGCCAUUCACCGUCAAGCUGAAUGUAGUGUCCGAUAAGGCUGUCAAGGGUGUUGUUCGUGUUUACCUGGGCCCGAAAUAUGACCAGUACGGUCAUACUUAUGGCGUGAAUGAAAACCGCGAGAACUUCGUUCUGCUGGAUGUGUUCCCGUGGAACUUUGUUGUUGGCAAGAACGUGAUCAGCCGGGAAUCAGUAAGCUUCUCGAUGUACGUCCAGGACCGCACCACGUACUUUGAGCUGUACAAGUGGGUAAUGGCAGCGUACAAUGGCGAGAAGACCUUCCCGCUUGACAUGACCGAAGCACACUGCGGAAUGCCGUCCCGAUUGAUGCUACCGAAGGGCAAGAAGGGUGGAAUGCCGUUCCAGCUGUACUUCAUUGUUUCACCGUACCACGCUCCGACCACUGCACAGUACGAGGGUUACGACUGGACGCUGAACUGCGGUGUUGGCUCCGGUGCACGCUACGUUGACUCGCUACCGUUCGGCUAUCCAUUCGAUCGGCACAUUGAUGAGAAGGUGUGGUUCACACCGAACAUGUACUACUACGACACGCUUAUCUGGCACAAAAAUGAGAAGGAUAUCAACACCGUGGUGUGAUGAACAAUAUGAUAGUUAUCUGACUAGUGUCGCAUUUAAUAAAAUGUACUGAAUAUCAAUAA